GCCCCAACAUUUGCUUGCUAAGUGUUUUCUGGUGUUUCUGACUCAUUGUCUGCAGAGUUAAAAACAGGAUUGUGUCAGAGAGUUUCCAGUGGUGACACACAAACAUGCUCCUUUUUGUUGGCUGUAUGGACAUCGGUUGUCUCAUUUUUACAUUUCUCCCCACAACACCAUUUGAUGGCCCAAUGUUUACUCAUUGUGGGUUGUGGGCAAGGGUACACCCUUAGUUGUCCCCAAAAUUAAGGCAUGUCCUGCCAAACAGGAAAUCUUUGUUAGGAGUCAGUCUUUACCACCGUUGCCAGAGUUGGAAAUUGUUGUGGAACAAAAAACAUGCAGGCAGACAAAGUUACCUCAAAGCAAUACAUGCUAAAAAUACAGUUUUUGACCUUGUUUGAUGUAUUUCUGUUUGCCUUUUUGGAUCAUGAUAGCCUAGGUGCUAAGUUCGAUUUUCUAAGUGAAAUACAAACUUAAAAUAUUAUAUCAAAGUUCAAAGGCAAUACAGGAUGAUGGCAUUCUCCUGUCAGUAGCAUGCCAUGGAAGUUGACAGCAUGUCUCCUAGUAAAGCCGGCCCUCAAAUGUCUGUCUGCCAUGAGAAAUGUCUUGCCAGAGGUCUGAAGCUUAGAAGCUUUCUGAAAAAUCAGAAAGCAAACCAGCUGCAGUAUCAUCCUAGUUUAUAUUUCCUUACACAAAAAGUGAGCAGCAUUCAGUUGGACUUUUUUAUUGAAUUUUUAUUGUGUGUAUGUAAUCAUACUGUAUGUGUUUGUAAGUCCAUGCAGGUAUGAAUGUGUAGCCUGGGUUAAGUGUGUGGCCUGGGUUAUUUUUAAUCACAGACAUAUUCCAUACAGUAUCUGUUGCUAAGACUCCUCUCUUUGACGCUGGCAUGUGCGUGCUGUGUGCUCUGACUGAUAAAACAACAUUAAAUCACUAACACUCCAUUAAAUCAUUAACACUCCAUUAAAUCAUUUAUCCCUUUUCACUUUAAAACUCAAAUCAUGACGUGAAGGUAGUGACACAGACAUUGAACCUGUGUUGACAUAGUUAAAAGGUUUUACUGGUAUAUGUAGCCUACCUACUAGUUUUGAACACACCCUGGUUUUUCUAACUCUAAAAUCGCUGUUACUGUGAAACAGCUUUCACAGUGAUCCACAUUACUUAUGGAGAGUGCCGCAAGAGCUGAGCUUGUCUGCAACCACACAGAUGCAUGGGACUGGGUUUAUACCAUGCAGCCUGCCUACAUGUCCAUUAUCUGCCUUCUUGGAGUGAUUGGCAACUCCUUCGUGCUUUGUGUGUUCUGUCUCCAGAAGCGCCGCAGCUCUGUGGCCGACAUCUACCUGAGCAACCUGGCAGCAGCUGAUCUCCUCAUGGUUUCUUGCCUGCCGUUCUGGGUAGCAACCAUUAUCAACAAGUUCCACUGGAGGUUUGGGCAGCCCAUGUGCCAGCUUAUCAACAUUGUCAUUGGGAUGAAUUAUUAUUGCAGUGUGCUGUUCCUUACGCUUGUGAGCGUGGACAGAUACCUGGCCCUUACUAGACCCCUAAACCAGGGGCGGGAGAGACGGGCCUUCUGGGCACGUGGGAUUUGCUUCAGUAUCUGGGUUGCUGGGGUCUUGCUCAGCUUCCCUGCUAUCCUCUUCCGCUCCGUCCAGUUCUUCCCUGAUCUGGGAAUUGACGCAUGCUACCUAGCAUAUCCGCAUGAAGGCUGGAGACUGCGCUACAACAUGACUGUCAGCACAGUAGGCUUCCUUAUCCCUGUUCCCAUUAUGUCCUUCUGUAGUUACCACAUCACUAAAGCUAUUUGGAGUAGCCCAAAGGUGAGAAAUGGCAGCAUAGGCAGUGUGGAAAGAAAGGCGGCGUACCUUGUUCUCGUUGUUCUGGCUGUGUUCAUUCUCUGCUGGCUGCCCUACCAGGUUCUGAUCUUCAUGGACACCUUGGAUUAUUAUGGAGUCGUCACUGGAUGUACUUGGGCGUACGUGUUGGACAUUGGAAACCAGUUGGCUACCUACCUUGGCUAUAGUAACAGCUCAUUGAAUCCUUUCCUGUACGUGAUUGUGGGGAAGCAUUUUAAGCUGAGGGCAAGGGAAGUGUUUAGGUUAGUGCUGUACAGAAGGAAUAGGCAAUGGGGGGGGUCCGGUCUUUCGAAUGCCAAUCGCAACUCAACUAAACAAACUGAGAGUACUAAAAUCUAAAUCUACCUACACACAGAGACAAAACAGUUGUUAAAUAAAACUGUUUAUUUUACAUCCAAAUAGUGUAUUUUAUA